AUGAGCUACAUCCUGCUGGUCAACCCCCAGAUUCUGGCCGUGGCAGGCCUGCCCGCCAAGGAAGUGGUGACGGCCACUGCGCUGUCCAGCAUGCUGUCCUCCCUGCUGGUUGGCCUGUUCUGCAACAUGCCCUUUGGCAUGUCGCCUGGCAUGGGCCUCAAUGCCUACCUCGUGUACAGCCAGGUGCUGGGCCUCAACGUCAGCCUGGAGGCGGCCCUGGCGGGCUGCCUCACGGCGGCCUGCCUGGUGGCGCUGCUGGCCGUGGUGCGCGCGUUGCAUGUGAUCCUGGCGGUGGUGCCCGACAGCAUCAAGCUGGCCACGGUGGUGGGCAUGGGCCUGCUGCUGACGUUCAUCGGCCUGCAGAGCGCAGGCAUCGUGGUGGCGGACCCCGAGACCCUGGUCACCGUGGGGGACCUGCUGGCCCUCAAGCCCGCCCUUGCCAUCGGCGGCCUCGCGCUCAUCACGGCACUCUCCUACCGCAAUGUGCGCGGCGGCAUCAUGGCCGGCGUCCUCGUCACGGCCAUCGCCUACUUCACCGCAGCGGGCGGCUGGCCUAAGCACUUUGUUGACCUCCCACAUCUGCGCAUCGGCCGCUUUGAUUGGAAAGCGCUCCUCGUUGAGCCGAGCGCUGGCGCGUGGAAUGCGGUGGCGGCCUACAGCCUCGUGAUGAUUUUCGACAUUGGGGGGGCCAUGUACGGCCUGGGCAACCUGGCCGGGCUGGUGAAGGACGGCGCCAUCCCGGGGGCCACGCGCUGCUACCUGGCGGCCUGCAUCGGCACAGCGCUCGGCGCACUGACAGGAACCACUCCUGUCAUCAUCGCGGCUGAGAACGCAGUGGCCACUGCUCCUGUGCUGGUGCUGGUGGGAGCCAUGAUGAUGGGGGAAUCCCAUCAAAUUGAGUGGCACAACAUGCUGGUGGCGAUUCCCGCAUUCCUGACUAUUGUGAUCCAGCCAUUCACGUUCUCGAUCGCAAACGGCAUCUACGCCGGACUGCUCAUGAGUGCGCUGGUCUACCUGCUCACGGGGGCCUUCGUGGACGUCGGUCGCGAGUGGAUCAACACACUAUGCGGGCGCCGCCCUGGCAACGAGGGCGUGGCGGGCGGCGCGCCUGUUGACGUGAUGGAUGCGGCAGAGGCGGCCUUCGCCGGGGCCGCCAAGGCGGAGGCGGAGGGCCUGGACGUCCCCCUGCUCGGAGCUGCCACACAGCAGGCAGACUCCGACGUGUCGUCCACCCCGCGCGGCGCAGGGCCACAGCACGGUGUCCCUGCGGCUUCUGACGCCAUCAGCAUUGGGCAGCGCCGCAGCACUAGCCGUGACGUGGCGGGCAGCCUGCCGCGGUCACAUCAGUAUGAGCGAGGUUCAUUCAGCAUGUACAUCAACACGGCUGGAUCGCACACCACGGCGCCGCACCUGGGCGCCAUCGGGUCCCCGACCGCUCACGACCCCUUCCGCGGGCCUCCUGGCCAGCCAGGCGGCAUGCUCAGCAGCGGUGAUGAGCACCAGUGA